GAUGGUCGAAUGCUGCAAUCACAAUUUUAGUAAGAAAACCGUGUUAAACUAUAUAAAACAUUUUCGCGGUGUGCUCGCCCUUUGUGAUAAUGUCGGCAGAAUAUGAAGGGAGACCUAGAGACAAUGGCCCUGAGGGCAUGGAGCCAGAUGGAAUCAUUGAGAGUAACUGGCAUGAGAUCGUGGACAGCUUUGAUGACAUGAACCUGCGUGAGACUCUGCUCAGGGGAAUUUAUGCUUAUGGAUUUGAGAAGCCCUCUGCCAUCCAGCAAAGGGCUAUCCUCCCUUGUAUCAAGGGAUAUGAUGUCAUUGCACAGGCCCAGUCGGGAACAGGCAAGACCGCCACCUUUGCCAUUUCCAUCCUGCAGCAGAUUGAUGUAGAGCUGAAAGGAUCUCAGGCCUUGGUCCUGGCACCCACCCGUGAACUGGCUCAGCAGAUCCAGAAAGUGAUUCUGGCUCUUGGAGACUACAUGGGUGCAACAUGCCAUGCCUGUAUUGGUGGGACCAAUGUGCGCAAUGAGGUCCAAAAGUUGCAGGCAGAGGCACCGCAUAUUGUAGUAGGAACCCCAGGUCGUGUCUACGACAUGCUUAAUCGAAAGUUCCUCUCUUCUAAGUACAUUAAAAUGUUUGUACUGGAUGAAGCGGAUGAGAUGCUGAGUCGUGGUUUCAAGGACCAGAUCUAUGAGAUUUUCCAGAAACUCAAUACCAGCACACAGGUGGUGCUGCUGUCAGCCACCAUGCCUGCGGAGGUGCUGGAUGUCACUACCAAGUUUAUGCGAGAACCAGUCCGCAUCCUGGUGAAGAAAGAAGAGCUCACCCUUGAGGGUAUUCGUCAGUUCUACAUCAACGUUGAAAAAGAGGAAUGGAAGCUGGACACCCUGUGUGAUCUCUACGAGACUCUGACCAUCACUCAGGCAGUGAUCUUCAUUAACACACGCCGGAAAGUAGACUGGCUCACAGAGAAGAUGCAUGCCAGGGACUUCACUGUCUCAGCUCUGCAUGGAGACAUGGAGCAGAAGGACCGAGACCUGAUUAUGAGGGAAUUUCGCUCUGGUUCUAGCCGUGUCCUUAUUACCACAGAUCUGCUGGCCAGGGGUAUUGAUGUCCAGCAGGUGUCUUUGGUGAUCAACUAUGACUUGCCAACCAACCGCGAGAAUUACAUUCAUAGGAUUGGUAGAGGAGGCCGUUUUGGCAGGAAAGGUGUGGCUAUCAACAUGGUGACAGAGGAUGACAAGCGUACUCUGCGGGACAUCGAGACCUUCUACAACACUACCGUAGAAGAGAUGCCCAUGAAUGUGGCUGACUUGAUCUAGAGAUUUACUUGACCUGAUCUAGAUACAUCCCCCCUCUCUCUAUCCCCAUAAUCUCUCUCGCUUUAUUUUCAAGUUUUAGCACUUCCAAGUAGGGUAUGUGCAACUCCCUACUCUUCCACAUUUGCAAAUUAGUCAUUUUAUUUUCCCCAAAGCUGAACAAAUUUUAUAAAUCUCAGAUGCUGAAUAUACAUCUAUUUAUCUCCAUCAACUCUCAUAAUAAACAUUGUGAAAUAUGGGCUCAGCCAUGGAGAAGAGCAGCAUGGUCUGUCACUCUUCUCUCGAUUAGUCCUCCUAAACUUUUUUUUUUUUUAAGCUGGGAAUCAUCAUUGAUGUGCAUUGUUUCUUUAAAGCACAUGUUACUAAUGUUCUUGGGCCAUGUGGUAAAAGUGUGCUUGCUUUUAAACCAACAUGAAAAGCAUCAGAAAGACUUGAUGCAUUUCUUUUGAAUCCUGCUACUGGGACUGUAAGAUCCAAGUAGUUACUGCACUUGCUUGCUGUACUGUUUGCUAUAAAACUGUGCCAGAGCUAUUUAAUCACUCUUGAACAGUAUAUGAUAUAAGAUGUCUGAGUGUUGUGGGCUUCCUGAAUUUGUAUAUUUGGAAGUCCUUACUCGGAUGAACUUUGACUGAAAGUGGUAUAAAAAUGUGGAGAAAAAAAAAAGAUAUUUCAACAUUAUUGGAUUUAAAUUUUUUUUCUACAUUUAAGUUAUUUUGUAAGUGUACUUUGUUUUUUGGAGGAGGGGGGAAAUUUCAAUAAAGCUACAGCUUAACUCA